CCUUGGGCUGCAGGGUGGCAGAGAGCUUCAGAGAAUUCCUCCCUCUAUCCAGUAUCGGAACAUCUGUGUUUCAGUGCAAUCUCCACCACUGCCUCCCUCACUGAGCCCCAGGGUCUUCCCUUCCAGUAUAGUGAUCAGAUCCACCCUACUCUGUGUGGCUGGAUGAGACCCUGAACACAGACAGAUGCUCCUGCGGAGUCUCUCCCCACCUUCCUGGGCGAGGGUGCAGGACUCCGCCUCUGAUUGGCACUGCUCCCAGCCUGCCUAGUUGCCGGGCAACACCUCCGCGUCUCUUGCCGAAGACACUAUGGCCAGUGGUGGUAAUCCAGCAGCCAAGAGGGUAGUGGUAUACCGGAAUGGGGACCCCUUCUCCCCAGGCUGCCAGCUGGUGGUGAGUCAACGCCGCUUUCCCACCCUGGAGACCUUCCUCUGUGAGGUGACAUCGGCUGUGCAGGCCCCAGUGGCUGUGCGGGCCCUCUAUACGCCUUGUCAUGGCCACCCUGUCACGGACCUGGCGGACCUGCAGAACGGAGGGCAGUAUGUGGCUGCUGGCUUUGAAAGAUUCCGCAAGCUGCACUAUUUACCCCCUGGACGGAAGGCUCCAGGUGGAAAGAGCAGCAGACUACCAGAUCCUCCUGAGACUCACUGCCCAUGUGAUGGGACCUGUGGACCACGACCACCAGCAGGUUCCCCCUGCUAUAUCCAUGUGUUCAGGAAUGGGGACCUGUUAAGUCCCCCAUUUAGCCUGAAGCUGUCCCAGGCGGCCAGCGAGGACUGGAAAACAGUGUUGAAGCUCCUGACUGAGAAGGCCAAACUACAGACCGGAGCUGUGUGCAAACUCUGCACCCUGGAAGGGCUCCCACUGUCAGCAAGAGAGGCUCUGGUGAAUGGCCAUUACUAUGUGGCUGUGGGAAAGGAUGAGUUCAAGGCCCUCCCCUAUCUGGAGCUGCUGGUGCCUAGCCCCUCACUGCCCAGGGGCUGCUGGCACCCUCCAGACCCAAAGUCUAGGCCUCACAAGCAGCGGGCCCAUGGCCACGGGGCACAGGCAACCCAGCCCUCUACAAAGGAGCCAAGCCAAAUUGAGCCACCUGCUUUUCAUGCCAGACGCCAGCAGGCCAUUCAGCCAAGAAGCAGGCUCCCCACUCUCUCAUUUCCAUCAGGAGUCAAAGGAGUAUAUGAGGCUCCCCACCCAAGGAAGGAGACAGCGGGGGCCCAGGAAGUGCCAGAUGAUGAAGACACCUGUGCAGAGGAACCCUUGGAUCAGAGGGCAGCGCAGAUGGUGGACGAGGCCCUGUGCCUGGAAAAGCAGCCUGGGACUGGGGCAGCGAUCUCAGCCUCAGCCCUGUCUCUGCCAUCUUGGGCACCGGCAGCUCCAGCCGGGAACUGGGGCGUCCACUCUGCAGCCACCAUUUAUCCUUGCCUCCAGUAGCCUGUUCCAGGGGACCCAGCGCCCCGCCUGGGCUCACAGGAUACCCUGUAGCCCCCUCAGCCCUGCCCCACUCUUCUGCUCCUAAACCCACAUCCUAGUCUUACUUUCCUUUGAAUAGAGCAGCCCUAGCCAUGGAGGCCAUGUCCUUAAGGGAUUAUCUGGCCAGAGAGAAGAGGAGCCAACCAACCUUUGUAGCCAAGAGAGACUACAAACUUGAGAGCAGGUCUGUCACAAUAAAAGAAUACUUACUAUCCUC